AUGCAGGAAUCUGCCCUUAUGGAAGCAGUCAAUCAAGGGUCUCCUGAGAGUUGGGUUUGGCAGGCAGGACUCAGGCACCCAAAUGAAAAAAGCGUGUUUUGUGGUGGAGUACUGAUAAGCCCUUCUUGGGUACUUACCGCCGCACACUGUGUUUUUUACAUGAAGGACAUGGCACCAACACCUUUGAUUGAAGUCAUCGUCGGCGAAAGAGAUCUCAAGUACAAAGAUGGCCUGGCAACAAACGCGACCGAAGUUUUCAUUCAUGAGAAAUAUGAUAGUAACACUCAAGACUACGACUUUGCAUUACUGCGGCUUGGCGAUCCGAUUGAACCGAGUCCGUUACAGUACAUUCACCCGGUGAAGCUCCCCUCCGAGAAUUUGGACUUCGAGUCUGGAACGAUCUGCUUUGUUUCUGGAUAUGGAAUUCCAAAGGCCGGAAGUAAUGUGUUUGCCAAGCUGGUGAUAGUCAAAGUGCCGAUUGCAAGCCAGAGAGCAUGUAAAGCUGUGUAUAGAGAUCAUAUCAUCACCCCAAGGAUGUUUUGCGCAGGGUUCGAAGAGGGAGGCGGUGACGCUUGUCAGGGGGAUGGUGGAGGACCACUGGUCUGUAAGAGUGAAUCCAGCUGGUACUUAAAAGGAGUCGUGAGUUGGGGGCAAGGAUGUGCUGUACCAGGCAAAUAUGGCGUUUACGCUAACAUAAAGACAGUUUUGGGAUGGAUACAAAAAACUACGAUGUCCGCAAACGCGACAGGACCAAUUAUCUAGUAUACCUAUAUUAUUAUAACUAUAAACCAGCAUUUCUAGUAUCAUUAACUGACGAAUGUGCUAGUUAUUAAAACUUGCGAUCGAAGAUCAAGUUCUAUUACCUUCUUUAAGAAAAUAACAAGCGACUGUCUUUCAACCGAAUGUAUGAAGCCUUUGAUUAAUUCAAUUUUAGUUGUCCUUUUCGAUCAUGUAAGAAAGUAACGAAUUAACUGUUUUCACCGAGAUCAUACUGCACCUUGUUUACCCCCAAAAUUUGGCAUUAGCGCCGUCUUCGAUUUUUUGGGGGGCGACUGUAACACCCUGGAGAAAUUGGAAACAAUUGUUAUGUAAGUUUGAAGGGUAAAUAAGGUGCAUUAUGGUCCCGGUGAAAAUGGUGAAUGAUUGAGAUUACGACAAAAAUGACACCAUUUUUGACGCCUAUGAAACCUGCUAAGAAUUUCAUUUUCUUAAUUUAAGACACGCCUUUACCGAACUUUAAAAGGCAAAAGAAAUCAUUUUCAGAGAAAAUGUUUGUGAUCUUAAUUCUAGUCGUCGUCCUUUUUAAUUUGCGUCACAUCUCUUCAGGUAAUGAGAAAUAACUAGACGUGGCCGACACCUAAAGUAACGGAACAAGAUAUUCAGUACUAUUAGUUAAAUUUUUUUUCAUCCUGUUCUCAGCGCUAGCCAUCUAUAGCCCUUGAUUAUUAUUAGCCACAUGUAGCAAUUUUAUUGAUUUUCAUAACAUUUUUCGUCGUUUAUUGAGAUUUUCAAGUUUUCAUACAUUUCAGUUUUUCCUGAAAUGACCUCUCACUCUUGUACUCAUUUAGCUUUGAGACAACAGGAGUUAGUUAGUAAGCGAAUUGUGGAGGCUAUAUAGAGCAGAUUUUUAUUAACUCUUGUUGGUCUUGCGUGAUUUAAGCGUAACUUGAAGGGGUUUUGUGAUGCUGAGUUCGAUAUUUUUUGGACAAAGCUGAUCUGAUAUUAUGUCUAAAUAUUCUCAGUCAUAUUUUACUUUACUUAGAACGUAAAAGAAAGAGUUCAAACGAUUUUAUAUUAGUAAAAGUAAGGCACUAUCGGUGUUUGGUCAUUUAUUAUAACUCAGAAGUUGAACUUGAAAAAGCUUCCCCUUUUUUUCCAAAAUGUAAUCUGUUUCCACCCCAGCUAGCGCUAUGGAACAAAAGCCAAACACUUACACUCUCACCUGAGGUAUCGUAGUUAUAGAAUGAUAAAAAUGAACCAUUAUUUCAGUAAUCGUGACCUAGCUCCUUUACCAGCCAGCAUGUAAAACCAUUCAUUCCUUAAGGUGACCAAAGAAAAGAAAACUGCUCCUAUCAAGUCACAGACAUCGUCAGCCAGUCAAACACAAGGAUAGUAGGUAUAACAACUUAUUUAUUGGUUUGUGUCUAGAAAUUUCUGCUUGUGCCUUAAUAAUUCCUUGCUUUGUUAUUGCACUGCUACUACUUAUAUAAACCUUUUCAUAUCCAGGCUGCAAGGGGACACCCCCACAUGUUCCGUGGAUUCCGAUGCCUCCGAUCCCAGCAGGUCCAGGUACAGAGUGAUAUCUGCAAUAGCGAUUUGUAAACAAAAUUACAACUAAACAAAAGCAUAUGUACAGCCAGAUUUCUCUACUCAAGUGAGCAAGGUUUGGUUUUGAUGCCUUUGAAUUUUUUUCGAGUUUAUUUUGCGUUACGCAUUUAUCAGGGUACAGUGUAGUUUCCAAAAGGCUUGAAUGGGUCGAGCAAAAAGUGAGAGCCAAAAGAGCCGGCUGUUAACUAUAUGAAUAAUCAGACUAGUGUUGCACUAUUAUUUAACUGGUGAUCAGUGACCUUAUAGUUUUGGUUUCGGUGUCUAGGUAAAGCUUCCCCACCCGCUCCACCGAUGCCUUCGGGGCAGCAGCAACCGAGUUAUAUUGUAGGAGGCCAGACAGCUGAAAUAGGAGAGUGGCCAUGGCAGGCAGGACUAAAGCGGUCCGCAGAAGACACUAUUUUUUGUGGUGGCUCACUCAUUAAGUCACAGUGGAUAGUAACUGCUUCACAUUGUUUAUAUGAUAUGGUUAAGUACACUUCAACCCCUGGUAAAAUACCACACAUAGAGGUAAUCCUAGGAGAAUUUAAUCAGGAGAAAAAAGGAAGAAAAGAAGUUUUAGUAAACGUCUCAAACUUGUUCCUUCACGAACAGUUCAAUCCUGAAACCAUUGACUAUGAUAUCGCAUUGCUUAAGCUAGAAACUCCUGUAGAACUGUCGAAAACUAUAAGACCAGUCUGCCUUCCUGAAGAAAGCAUGACAUUCAGAACUGGAACAAUGUGUUACGUCACUGGUUUUGGUGUUACGGAGCAGGGAGGAGAUGUGUCAGCCACUCUUCAAGAAGCCAGUGUACCAAUUGUACCUCAGAAGACAUGCCAAGAAGCUUAUAAAACAAAAAAUAUAACAACCCGGAUGUUUUGUGCAGGCUUAGCCGAGGGAGGCAUUGACGCGUGUCAGGGAGACAGUGGAGGGCCAUUAGUCUGUAAAAAGAACGACUCUUGGGUAUUAAAAGGCAUUAUUAGUUGGGGAGUCGGUUGCGCUAGACCCGGGGCUUAUGGAGUAUAUUCCAAUGUGCAAACCUUUCUUCCGUGGAUCGUCAACAUUAUUAACAAAGAGGCUCUCCAAGACUCGGAGAUUAACUUAAGCUGA